AUGGCACUGCAGACGGUCUACGACAGUAUCUAUGACUAUUUUAAAGGCGACGAAUACAUGUUAUAGUGAGUUUUCCAAUACAAUCACCACGUUUCUUUUCUUUAUCAGUGUUGUCGCGGGAAAUGCAAUCGCCGGUCUCUCUUUUUGGCUUUUCAAUCUCUUCUUCAUCGUCAUAGACGUGCUCGAUCCGAAAUGGGUUCAACCUUACAAGAUUCAAGAGGAGAAGAAGCCGGGACUGUUGAAGUACUUGAGUAUUCUGAAGGUCGUCGGGCCGAACCAGCUGAUCGUCACUCCGAUUGUCACUUCCAUCUAUUUCUACAUUGCCAAGUGGUGGGGAAUGGAUUUUGGACCAACGCUUCCCUCCGCGUGGAUUCUUCUCCGUGACUUUUUCAUCUGCAUGGCAAUGGAUGAAGUUGUAUUCUACUAUUCUCAUAGGUCGGUCCAAGCUUUCCACUCUAUCCCAUCAAUCUAUUUCAGACUUCUCCAUCAUCCUAAGCUGUACAAGUACAUCCACAAGAAGCAUCACGAGUGGACAGCUCCAGUUUGUAAGCAACUAGUUAAUUUUCAUCUUCUUAGACAUCUCACUUCAGCUAUUGCCAGUAUCUAUGCCCAUCCAAUCGAACACGCCAUCUCUAACCUCGGCCGAUCUCUCUUUGGCGCAGUUCUGUUUCGUUGCCACGUGGUAACGUACUACAUGUGGGGAAUGUACGCCAUCCUCGCCACCACUUUCCACCACUCUGGCUACCACUUCCCGUUCAUGCUCUCCGCCGAAUUCCACGAUUUCCACCACAAAGUGUGCGUUUUUUUGUUUCCUCGAUCCUUUGCUACUUUAGUGUUUCCAGUUUCAACGAGUGUUACGGAUUCGGCCCAUUGGAUUGGUUGCACGGAACAGACACAACGUUCCGGAAAUCGGUGGAACACCCUCGCGACUUUGUUUCAUUUGAACUGACUCCCGUCAAACAACUGGUUCCAGAAGUUAAUAAUAACGAGAAGAUAACGGAAAACGAACAGAAAUCUUCAUUAUUGAAAUCGUAA